ACAAAUAUUCACACUUUCAAAUCGAUUGAAUGAAAUAAAUAAAUCGUAUGAAUAAGAAAAACUGCACCUUAUCUAGGCAGCGCACCAGAAGUCCAAAGCAAUACCCAACUAGCAUUGUUUUAAUUUAAUAACGGUCAGUCCCCAGAGCAGUGAAUGUCAACCACAAAAAAAUAACACAUUACGUGCAGCCCCUGGAGAAGUGGGUUGUUCCUUUAUAAAGGAUGCGGCCUACCCUUUAUUUCUCAGACGCAAAGCUGACUUGGAGAGGCCGUUACUGACAUUGUGGGGAAGCAUGUAUUGAUUCAAACACAGUUACCAAACAUUUAAAAAAAAAAGAUGAAAAAUAAAACGAUUCAAUUGAUUGUACUGUUUUUGAUAUUAAUUACGUCGGACUUAACAUUCGGAAAAGGAAACUAUAACAAGAAGAAUCUUAGAACACAUCAGCAGAAUAAGAAACAUAAUAACACAAAAACUAAAUUUGAAAGUGAAAGAAUAAAACGGUCUACUAACGAUUUUGGUACAGUACAGUUUUGGACAAAUAAAGAAAUCGUUCGCCCAAAAUAUUUCAAUAGUGAGGAUUCGCUUCAAAAUAUUGAAGACGCUCCAAUAUAUGGAAAAAUUCAUAACGAACCACCGUUUUGGGCUAUACGUGGGCGAAGAGAUAGUUCUUCAUCAGAAAUCUAUACUGAACCUCAUAGACUCGAAAGUGAUAGACAUGAUUUACAGCAAAAUUAUGACCAUGUAACAAAAAUUGGUUUAUGGAAUGAACCAGAUUUGAAGCAUCCAGCUAAUUUCUGGGCCAAUCGCGGCAGACGCAAUCCAUUAGACUUUGAUAGAAGUUUCAUGCUUGAGCCGUUAUGGGAAAGAGACCUUAGACAAGAAAAUGACCCUUUUUGGGGAAAUAGAGGAAAGAAAGAAGAGGCUUUUUGGAGCAGCAAAGGUAAAACUGAAGAAAAUCCAUUUUGGGCUAAUCGUGGUCGAAGACUUGAUCAGCUAGAAGACCGAACAAAUCGUGAUAGUAACACUGAUGUUGAUCCCUUUUGGGGUAGCCGUGGCCGGCGAAAAGAUAUGGAAUUUAUUAAAGACCACAAAAAAGAAAAUUUAAAACAAUCCAUUUUAAAUGCUAUCAACGACGUUGAGAAGGACGUAAAAACUCUUUCGAGAUUACGACGGAGUCCGGGCGCUGGCUUAAAUUUUUGGUUAAAUCGAGGUCGAGACAGUAAAUUAAAACAUCUGUUCAACAGAAACUCGAACAAUAAAGCAUAUGUAUCGAACGCUGGAAGCAGUACCGUAAAUACAGUUAAUCCUUCAAAUGCUGAAACUUUAUCGGAUAGCCGAAUAUACGCAGACGAACCUCAUUAUAUCUUAUUGGAAAGAAACAGCAGAUCAUCUGCAGAAGACGACCCCUUCUACAUAUCACGCGGUAAAAAAUAUUAUCUGAAAUAUAACUUCGGACGACCUGGUAGAGACAGACGAGGCGCUAUUGAAGAGAUAGUAAAAUCUGUCCGGAACGACCCUUAUUACAUAGCGCGAGGAAAAAAGGAUCUUACUAAUGAAAGUUCAACACAACGUAACCAAUAUUCGAAAAUCAAAGAACUAGUCUGUACUGCGAUUGAUAUGGUGCUUAAAAAAAACAACGGUGACGUAGUAAAAAGAGAUAUUACGGAUAGCGAAAGGGAUAGACGAACUAUUUUGAAGAAACUGGCAGCUCAAUUGCAAAAUGAUCCGUAUUUUGCCAGUAGAGGUAAGAAAAGCUCUGCAGACGAAGGUAAUCAUCUAAAUGAAUUCAUUGACAGUAUUGCCGAAAAAUGUUCUUAAUCCAAUGUUAGAUUAGAUUUAAUAAUAAUAAAAAAUGUAUUUUAUUCCUGAUUAUUCUUGUUAGUAAGUAAUUAAAUACAUAAUGCUAUUAGAAUAUUUGAAUCCUGGUCAAUAAAUAAUAAAUUGUUGAACUGCA